GAGGAGAUGAAAGCAAAACUUUGUGAAUUCGCAGUUGAAAGACACCUGUGUUUUCUGCAAAAGACUCUCACCAAAAAUCCCUCUUCUUUUCGCCUGAUACAGUCCCAACUCCAAAAGCUCUGUCAACAUCUCCACAUCCCACGUUGCACAGUGCCCGAAUCCCUCUUGCAGAGCUUGUUUUACCCUUAAUAUAAUCUCCUCUUAUUCACGAGAAGAGCAUGGGAUCUCUGUUGAGCACAAACAAAUUGAGUCAAGAACAACUUGAAAUGGCUCUCUCUAAAGUCAAACAAAUUGUUUCAUCCAACCCUGUUGUUGUAUUCAGCAAAACAUAUUGUGGUUAUUGUAAAAGGGUGAAGCAACUGCUUUCCCAGCUUGGUGCAGCUUACAAAGUCAUUGAGCUUGAUGAGGAAAGUGAUGGAACCGAAAUGCAAGCAGCUUUAGCAGAGUGGACUGGUCUCAGAACAGUGCCAAAUGUGUUUGUUGGUGGCAAACAUAUUGGGGGUUGUGAUACUGUAACAGGGAAGCACCAAAUGGGAGAACUUGUGCCCCUUCUUACCGAGGCCGGUGCCAUUGCAAACAAUUCUGCUCAGUUGUAAAGGAGUUUUGACAUUUAAGAAAGCCUUUUCCAGGGGAUGUAUGGACACUCUUUCCAUGUAUAAUCUAGUUAAUCUUUGGAUGGUUUGCAUAUUCUCUUCUGUGUUAGGCCUUGCAAACCCUUCUUGCUCAGUUGAUAAGAAAACUUUGAUGAACAGGAAGUUUAUUCUGUGGGGUAUAUUUCAGUUCUUCUCUUCUUCUGUUUCAGGAACAGUUUAGUUACUUAGGAUGUUUUCUGAGUUCCUUCUGGAUUAUGUACUUUUUUACUUAAAAAUAUGGUGUUGGAAAUCCUUUCUUCCAGUAUCAUAUGGCCAUGGUGCUGCAGGAUUUGGAUUCCUUUUCAUUUCUUUUUAUCUAGAGAGAUAAUUUAAUAGGGGAAGAUGACAUUUAGUCCCAAGUUUUCUUUUUUUUUUGGAUGACAGUUUCUUAUAAAAAUUAGUGAAAAACUCUGAAGGUGGUUGGAGUUAAACGCAUUCAUAGGUCAUGGAAAAUGGCAAUGCCAAAAUUUCAGCCUAAACAGACACCAUCCUCUUCCUAGUUUAAAGUUAAUAAAAAUAAAAUAAAAAUAAUCCUCCUCAUUUAGAGUUUAAAAAUUAAAGAAAAAAAUUGUCUUGCUACAUUCCCUGGAUCCUCUAAUUUGUGUAAUACCCAAGGUUGAUGUCUACUGCAGUGCCAGAAGUCAUUAUCAAUGUGUAGACUUAAUUUGUAUGUAGACUUAAUUUGUAUCCUCUAAUGUUUGCAUUAUCAACCGCUUAUUGAAAAUUUGAAAUAGACCAUUCUCAUCGGUGAACGACAAUCAUCCCGGUGGAAGCAGUGCAACUUUUAAUUUUAGUUAUGUAUAAUUUUAUUUCUUAUCAACUGAUUAAAGGUAGUAGAAAUGAUGUAGUAAAAAGUACAAUGUUAUAUACAAUUGAAUGAGAUGUAAUAAUAGG